UGGUACAGAGUCACGUGUCCCCGAGUGCAGUAGAGAAAAAAGAACCCCCCCCCCCAACAGGAAUGUGGAAAGUUUCGUCGAUUCAAGGGCACGAUGGGGAUGGAAAUCACUCUACACACUUCGAAUCAUGACAGGCCUUCUCUGAUCAACGAUGGUUAAUAACUCGGGCCCCGUGGAGGGGAUCGUUGCAGGGUAUACGGGGAACAGCUUUACAGUUCAAGCUGUGUUGGCAACCCUUCUAGCCAGCGCCGUAUAUAAUGCUCUGGAACUUAUCAUCAUCAUUUUUUUCAUGUUCCAUCAUUACUUCAAUCUUUACUUCUGGAGCCUGAUGGUCACUGCCGCGUUUGGGGUUAUUCCACAGUCGGUAGGGUUGUUUUUGAAGUACUUUGAGCUCGCAACUAUUAGCAUUCCAGUAACACUGUCUACCGUCGGAUGGUGUAUUAUGGCAACUGGGCAUUCCCUGGUCCUGUAUUCCCGGCUGCAUUUUGUUCUCUUUAACAAACUCGCUCUCCGGCUCAUCUUGUUUCUAAUUAUCGUGGACGCCGUGAUCUUUCAGGUGCCGCAGAUCGUCGUCUCAUACGGUUCCAUCUAUGCCGAACACACUGCAUUUCCCACGGUUUUCAACACCUGGGAAAGCGUCCAAAUCACAGGCUUCUUUGUCCAAGAGUUUAUAAUAUCAUCCGUCUUUAUUGUGCAGACAUUGAAGAUUCUUCAACUCCAUCCGGAACGAAAUGAGAGGAAAGCCAAUAUCAUGUACCAGCUGCUGCUGCUGAACGUGGUCAUUAUCCGGAUGGAUAUUUCCAUUCUAGUACUCCAGUACACCACGAGGUACAUGGUUCAAACUGUUUUGAAAACCUUUUUUUACGCGUUAAAGCUGAAGCUAGAGAUUGGUGUUCUGUCUAGGCUAGUUUCACUCGUCAGUCCUCAUAACGAAAAUAGUAUGUCCAUAUAGGGCAGUUCC